CGAGAAAGAGGCAUCCUCCUAAACUUCUGACACCCACCUCUGGGUGUUUAUCAAUUUUUCCCCGCACAAAGUAACGCGCCAUCAACUUACUUUUCUGUCAACAGAAAAGUCGAUAUUCAACUCAAUACUACUACACAUCAUCACUCAUUUUCAUUCAUUCAGACCUCAUUACAGCAUUUUUCUACUUUGUUUUUUCAAAGAGGAAAUAAUGCAGACUUGAUGCAACGAUGCGUGACCACGACGUCAACACCAGCGGUGCUUUGAGCACUUCACAGUCAUCCACCAACCUCGUAGAUGGUCGUCUCACGGUUGGCGCUUUGAGCGAGAUGGAUAUCGAUAAUGCUUCGUCUUGGUCACUUCUUGAUCCUAGUUCAGAGCAAGCUGCCGACUGCUCGCGUGCGAGAGACUUGAAAAGACAGAAAGUCACUGGUCAUGGUGCAAUUGGAGAAAAGCCUGAUGAGUGCAAGAGCGACAAGAAACAUCUAGAGCCCGAGCACGAGACAACGGAGCAGCUGUAGGACAAGUUGCAUGCUACUGUCUUGGAGAUGAAUCCAGGCGUCUCGCCUGGCUCAUCUCACUCCGACGGUGCUACUCAAGUGUUGACAUCAAGCCCCAUCGGCUUGGCCGCUGCCAGCGAUGAUGCUAACGUACCGGAAAUCGUGGCUUACGAGUCUUCCAACUAUUCGGACCAAGACGAGGAAGACUUGUCUGAUACAUCAGAUGCCCUCGAUGAAGACGAGGAAGACACGCUCGAGUCAGAGCAUCUCGCCAACCUGCAACGCAUUUUAAGCCCCAGCGUGCCGGCCAUUGUUUUUACACCUCCGUCUCCCAAACGCACUUCACCCCGCUCACCAGUCUCGACGGAUGAGGAGGCUAUGCCAGAUGACCCGAACAGUCUGGACCCGGGCUGGGUCUGUCGGGAGAAGCUUGACGAUAUGAUGGAGAAGGACAGAAAGGAGGAGAAGCGGCGGCGCGAGCGCAAGAGAAGAGGGGCCAUCGUUUCCGAGAAGGAGCUCAGGCGUCAAAUCAGAGAGCUAGAGGCGACGCUUGAAGAGGUUGGCGAGGAGAAACGGCAGCUCAAGCAAAAGAAUUACCGGCAAGAGAGACAGCUGCGCCAGUUGAAAACCACGCCGCUGGCGAAGCAGGCACUCCAGACGCUUGCAGAUGUGGCGGCGAUGGAGAAAAAGGCGCGCGCUCGAACCCAAGCUGUCGCCGACAUGACGUUUCGGCAGGCCCAGUAUCUCGAUUUGAUUGAUCCUGAGCAGCACAUGCUGCAGAUCUACCCCGAGCAGCCAUCUCAGUCGUACAAAAGCAAAAUCACCAAUGCCAAAGCGACACGGGAGUCGACAGGAGAGAACCGUGCCGUCAAACGAAACUCUCGCUUCUCAGCGGCCCAUGGUGACGAUCGAACGUUGCACAAACCCGUGCAGGCUAUCGGAGCACAUUUGCACGCACCCGACAAGACCUCGCAGCUCGAAGCAAAACUCGAGCAGAAUGCCAAGGAGCGGUUGCUACUGAAGGCAGAGCUGGCUGCCGUGAACAGUCGGUUCAAGGCGUUCCUGUCUGGUGAAGAGCUGGCGUCCAAAAUGCUUCCGCAUGUGCUGGAAGAGUUGAAGCAGGAAAGGAACAACAGGAUGAAUUUCUCGACCGAAGUUGUCUACUUGAGGGCAAAACUAUCACGUCUUCGGAGGGGUAAUGCCGGUGAAUCGACGCCGGCGCUCACGGGUCGUCAACCUGACAACACCGACGAGACACUGUGAAUCGGAGCGCACUCGUCCAGCAACGAGGAGCAUACUCUUUCUAGGCAUAGUCUAUUGUUUGAUUUCUUCUUGGCCUAGUGAUGGUGGUAUUGUUGAGGGUUGGCACUGCCAACAUGAGAAGGCCAAGCACAAGAUACUUUGAAGAUCAAUGAUGUAACAGAGUAGGAUACAAGCGGUAGUAAUCAUAACUGACUUUCCACGA